UCAAUUUAAUGGAGCUGUGCAGUGUGAAAAGACAAGCAAGAAAAUGGUAAAAAAAAAUCUGUAUGUAAACAUCAUGAAGCUCGGGAACAAGCUGGCGACUAUGUGCGAUGGUGAUAUGUUCAUCAACAAAGUUUUGGAGCUAAACAUUUGUGACGGAAGAAGGCACACAGAAAGAGGGCAUCGGGACACUACAGCUUUCACUCAUCUCCACAUAGCCUUCCUGCUCAUAUCCAUAACUGUGCUACAUCUGGUCACCUUGACCAUGCUUCUCAUCACCACCCUGGAGAAGUCCUGGUGGAUAUGGUCUGAUUCAGAAAUCACAGACCUCUGGUAUAACUGCUUCCACAAUAAUGCCACAACAACCUGGCUGUGUGCUGAUACCAGUGAAAGUGACUGGCUGCAGUCAGUGCAGGCCUCUGUGGUCUUCUCCUCAAUCGCCUUCCUGGUUUUUCUGGGCCAGCUAAUCAACAUGUCCAAAGGAGGACUCUUCUACUUCACAGGCUUCUGCCAGGCCUUUCCAGGUUUCACAGAUUUUGCUGCCUGCCUCAUCUUUACCUUUCACACAAAGGUGAUUUUAAAUGACUCCAGAGAUCUGAGCAAAGGACAUUUUGGUUACUGUUUCAUUCUGGCAUGGCUGUGUGUACCUCUCCUCCUGGUCAGCGGUGUCCUAUAUGUCCACCUGCGCAAGAAGCAGUGAGCCAACAAACGGAAAGGCUGAUUGGGGAACCAUUUAUUAAGAAUGCACUGCUCUUUACUUCAGUCACUUCUCAGUAACAGUAAGCGCACAUGAGGAAAUAAAAUGACUGAGAAUUAUAUAACUUUGUAAAUGGUUUCUGACUCAGCAUCCACCCUAUCAUGCUACAUGGUACAGUAUGUGGGACUCUGUGUCAUCAUGAUGGCAUCCUUUUCUGUGAGAACUGUCACUCAAGAUCAGAUCAAGAAAGUUAAAACUUGUUGAUGCUGUAAGAUACAAAGCUCAUAUCAACCUGUUACAUUAAGAGUUCUGACGUAGGUAAUUAAUGCGUCCCUGGUGCUUACUGUACGAUUAUGAUGAUGGUAGAGAAAUAUGGAGCUCAAAUG